AUGCCAGCAACACCUUCGCAAGAGACUGUUCUCGACUUGGUCGGCCUUGGUUUUGGGCCCGCCAAUAUUGCCAUCGCAGGUGCCUUGACGGAACAAUGGGCAGCUGAACAGGAUGGGGUACCAUUCCCUGUGAAAAAUGUUCUCUUCAUCGAAAAGUAUACUCAUUUCCGAUGGCACCCUGGUAUGCUUCUACCAGAUGCCAAAAUGCAAAUCAGCUUCAUGAAAGAUCUCGCGACACUACGAAACCCUAAGUCCCCUUACACCUUCCUCUCGUAUCUUCAUAGCCAAGGCCGCCUCGUUUCCUUUAUCAACCGUGGUUCGACGAUUCCAAGUCGCAAGGAAUAUUCAGAUUACCUGUCGUGGGCGUCAUCUCAGGUUCAAGCCAACGGAGUGAAGGUCCUAUUCGGCCACGAAAUUAUCGCCAUUGACGAUUCCCCAGAAAACACCAUCGCCAUCCGCUAUCGAAAUCUGGCUACCGGAGAGGAAUCCGUCGUCAGAGCGAAAAAUAUUGUCAUUGCUCCUGGAGGUGAUCCUAAGGUGCCUUCCGUGCUCGCACACAUUGCCAACCAUCCACACGCACUUCAUAGCUCUGAUUAUGCGACGUCGAUAUCCAAAAUCCUUGAAACUGUCUCUGGAACGUCAAGGCCUCUUAGAGUAGCCGUAAUCGGCUCAGGCCAGUCAGCUGCCGAGGUGACAAUGGAUCUGCGCAACAGAUUAAACAAUAUCCCGUCAACGAGCCGACAUCAGGUCGACAUGCUGAUCCGUAAAGGAGCCCUAAAACCCAGUGAUGAUUCACCUUUUGCCAACGAGAUUUUCGACCCCGUUUCGACCGAUGCUCACUUCUCGACAUCGUCAAGACAGCUUCGGGAGAUGAAACUCGCAGAAUAUAAGCUGACGAAUUAUGGUGUCGUAAACCCUCGAACACUGGAGAAUCUCUACGAAAUCAUUUAUGGACAGAGACUUGACGCCGAUAUUACCCACCGUCUGGGCGACCAAGGUGUGCGCGACGCGUUGAUCAAUAUUAAGCCAUAUACUUUUAUCUCCGAGAUAAAAGUCGAGGGAAGCUCAAAGGACGCCCCUGAUGCUGGCCUCCUCCUUUCCUCCGAUAUGAAAGCCCAAGUCGACGGUACCAAACCAGUGUUCUCGAUUAGGACGCAGAACGUCAUAGACCUCACCGAGGAGGAAGUGAAAUACGACGCCAUUGUGUAUGCCACAGGUUACGAGCGCCGUACCUGGGUCAAUUUGCUCAAGCACUCCGACAUUGCAGUCCACUUCGGUCUUGACUUACUGACUUCUGAAGUUCGCCUGUUGCCCGCCGUCGACAUCUUUCACUCAGUACAGCCACCAAUUACCAUGUCAAGUCAGUCAGAGUCCGGCAUUUCGUCGCCUACUACAACCGUUAGCGCGCACAGCAGCCCACCAACGUCGCCAGAGAUGGACACGUUUUAUUCGCAAGGCAGCAAGCGUUCAAAGUGCCAGGAAGUGUUCAUUUCGCGCAAUUAUCGUCUUCUGCCUACCAGACUCGUGGAUGGAAAGGCUGAUUACUUUGCUCCUGGAGUGUAUCUUCAGGGAUGUGAAGAGAGUACGCACGGAUUGAGUGACACGCUGCUUAGCGUCAUGGGAGUUCGUGCUGGAGAGGUUGUUCGCGAUCUUGCUCAUUUGAAUUACAAGAGCAAGUGA